CAUUCGCGAGCCGUAGCGGCGGCGGAGCGGAGCGGCUGAGCCGCGAUGAAGCCGAGCCCGACGGCGGCCGCCGCCGCUGCGGGGCCGGGGUUGGGGCAGACGGCGGGGGGAGCAGAUGCUCGUUGGAGGGAGAAGGGCGAAGCGGAGGCGGAGAGGCAGAGAACCAGGGAGCGGCUGGAGGCCACGCUGGCCGGGCUGGGCGAGCUGGAGUACCUAAGGCAGCGGCAGGAGCUGCUGGUGAAGAGCCUCCUGCUGCGGAGAGCCCCGGGAGCUCAGGGCGGCCGCGGGGAGCAGCAGGGCGAGGGGCCGCCGCCUCGCAGCCUGGAGGAGAAGUUCCUGGAGGAGAACAUCCUCCUGCUGCGGCGGCAGCUGAACUGCUUGAGGAGGAGGGAUGCUGGCCUAUUAAAUCAGUUGCAAGAGCUAGAUAAGCAAAUUAGUGACCUCCGUCUGGACGUGGAAAAAACAACAGAUGAACACCUUGAGACAGACAGUCGUCCAAGUUCAGGGUUUUAUGAGCUGAGUGAUGGAGCUUCUGGAUCGCUCUCCAAUUCGUCUAACUCUGUCUUCAGUGAGUGUUUAUCCAGUUGCCAUUCUAGCACUUGCUUUUGCAGCCCUUUGGAGGCAACACUGAAUAUCUCAGAUGGACGCCCUAAAUCUGCAGAUCUCAUAGGCUGGAUGGAUUAUAAUAAAGAAAGCCAACGUGAGGACCAGGCCGCGGGCUCUGUGUGUCGCUCUUUGUCCACACCGCACUCAAAUUCCCUCGAUGUCGUUGCAGAUGUCCACCCAAAGUACCAGUGUGAUCUGGUGUCUAAAAACGGGAGUGAUGUCUACCGGUACCCCAGCCCACUCCAUGCAGUAGCUGUGCAGAGUCCCAUGUUCCUUCUCCCUGUGACUGAGAACCCCCAGCGAGAAGAGGAGAGGCUUGACUGCGACAUUACCGAUGUUUGCGCCGGAUCUGAAACAGACUCAGGAAAAGCAACUGAUGCCUUUCUCCCACCAGGCUCCUGGCCUGCCUCGUGCCCGUCUGCCAGCAAGAGGAUAGAUGGCUACAUCUUAAGCCUGGUUCAGAGAAAGACUCACUCUGUGAGGACUAACAAACCAAGGACAAGUCUCAACGCCGAUCCCACCAAAGGGAUCUUGCGACAUGGCAGCAUGUGUGUCAGGCAGGCUGCUGGUGUGGUUUCACACAGCAACGUCGUGAACCUGAAGAGUGCAAAGCAAGUGAGCUUGCCAUCCAGUGGGGCAACUGCUCCAGACAACACUGCUCCCUCCCCACUCAAGCAGAGGCCGAGGGAAGCAGGUGGUGAACAGGUGGAGAGCAGAAAGGUGCUUUUGCCAUCGACUUUUCCACCCAGCGAAGUCCAGAGCAAGCAUCAGCCGCGGGGUGCCAAGGCGGUGCCUCCGGAGAUCAACCGACAUGCAGUGGCUGCCACGGGGGAUGUCCCCAAGGAAGGCAGCCAGCACUUCGCUGCAUCACCCAAAGAGAGCCCAGGGAAGCCAGUGGUGCUGCAGCCAGAGACCAGGGUCAGCCAGCCUCCCAAAAAGGUCCUGCUGAAGAGCAGCUCGCAGGUGGCUCACUCGUCAUCACCUCCUGUGGAGGAGAGGCCUGCACUGGACUUCAAAAGCGAGGGCUCUUCCUCUCAGAGCCUCGAUGACGGAUUGCUGGUGAACGCCCAGUACAUCCCAGCCCAGCAGCAAAGCGUUAAGCUCCACAAAGGCACCAGGAACGUCAAGAUAUUGAAAAGCUCUGCGCUGAAGCACAGGCCGCACCUCGCCAAUGGGCUCGAGAACGGUGCUCAGGCCUUGCGGGAGAAAGGCAAGCCGAUGGGCAAGAAGUGCCGCUUUCCCGAUGAGUUGGAUACAAAUAAGAAACUGAAAAAGCCCUCCUCGAGGGGCAAGCGUGGCGGCGGCCUGCAGCCAGAGUCAGGCCUGCAGGGGCGGCCAACCGGCCUGCAUAAAUCUGUGGUCAGGUCGCACGGACACGGCCGGGAGGUGGUGGUGGCCAAACCAAAACACAAGCGGGCUGACUACCGCCGGUGGAAGUCUUCAGCAGAGAUCUCCUACGAGGAGGCCCUGCGGAGGGCAAGGAGGAACCGGAGGGAUGGUGUAGGAGUCUACGCUCAAGUUCCUCUGCCAUAUGUCAGCCCGUAUGCCUAUGUGGCCAGUGACUCGGAGUAUUCGGCAGAAUGUGAGUCUCUGUUCCACUCCACCGUGGUGGACACGAGUGAGGACGAGCAGAGCAACUACACAACGAACUGCUUCGGAGACAGCGAGUCCAGCCUGAGCGAGGUGGAGUUCGUCGGGGAGAGCACCACCACCAGCGACUCUGAUGAGAGUGGGGGUCUCAUUUGGUCCCAGUUUGUCCAGACACUCCCCAUCCAGACCGUCACCGCUCCAGAGCUGCAUGAAAAUGCAGCAAAGGCCUUUGUCAAAAUCAAAGCCUCCCAUAACCUCAAGAAGAAAAUCCUGCGCUUUCGGUCAGGCUCCCUGAAGCUCAUGACGACCGUCUAAUGAAGUGACUUGGUGGAAUGUAUCUGUUUCUGCUUUUGGAAGCAAGGUGCUUUUUGUGUACAUAUUUCCACAGAUUUUUUUUGUUUUUGUUUUUUUUUUAUACAAAUAUUUAAAACUUAAGGUAAAUUAUGUCACUUGUCUUCAGAACUUGGGUGGAUACUAGUGCCUUUUAAAUGGAAAUAAAAGACCAUUAUGUUUGUUUAAAAGAAUAACCUAUAACACUGCCAUUUCAGUGGUGAACAGCCUCCGGUGUGUGGUAUCAGAAGGCUUUGAAAAAAAGGCUCAUGUUUUUGGGAAUGGAUCAUCUUUGCCUAGAUUUUUCCAAUUCUGGGUCUUAUACAGGGUAUCAGUAGCUUAAGGUAAUACAUUUUUGGGGGAGAGGGGGAGGGCGUGUGGGUGGUCUUAAUGUUUUUGCUUGUCCCUUUUCUGCUGCUUCUGGUGCCACAUCUUGAACUUGUUCCUCCUGACAGUCCAGCCUGUUUUUGUUUCUUUCUCUUGUUGAUUCUCUUCUUGAAGCUGGCCCCAUCCUCCCCCAACCUUCUCCCAUGUGGAAAGGGCUCCUGUUAAAUCCAUCUCCAAGGUUAAGUUGCCUUCUCGGGAGCGCACUCUGCUCUGAUUUCCUGGGAGUCCCAUUGUGGACUGUGGUGGUGUUUGGAAUAAACUGUUGGAGCAGCUGCCCCAGGCUUAGUAACUUCAGUAUAUUGUGUAAAACUGCUUUUGAAAAGAAAAAACAAACCAUAUGCAUGUCACGUGCAUGAUUAUCAGUAGUUUUAAUAUUCCUGUUGAUGUCCAAUUUACUGUACAUCAUCAAUGGCUGUUUUUAUAUAUAUAUAUCAUUGUGUAAAUUAAUAUAACACAUCAUAUGCUGUAAUAAACAGUCUGUUUUAAUAUUAUUUUUUUGAGUUUGUUACAUUGGGACAGACUCAAUUUAUGGUUUUGUAUUGGCGUUGUCACCACCUCAGUGUCUCUUUAAUGUGGCCUGUUAACAUUCCCUGGAAUUCGGUCGUGCAGGAAAUGGAGCAAGUUUAAAAUGUUGCUGUGUGUGUGAUUUGUGCUUUGAGAGAACUGGAUAGCCAUGGCUCUUCUUGUUCUUCCAGUGACUUGCAUUUAUUAGGGGCAGGAUUGGGCCUGAGGACACUUCUGAAGCCUACUGUAGCGAACCCACUUCAUUGGGGUGUUGGACUGGGUGAUCCCAGACGAUCCUUCCAACUUCUGUGAUUCUGCAGUUCUUCAGGGUGUUUCUCAUGAGCAGCUUGCGUUGUGGAGCAGAUGGAAAUGUAAUAUUAAUCCUCUUCGCUUCAGGGACUUGGAGGACCUUGGUUGGUACAAGUGAAGGGCAGAUGGUAGGGUGCUGUAACCAAAUGGAUCUGUGUAACGCAACAGGUGUGCCUAUGAAGUGAUCAGUAAAUGGACUGCCCAAAGCUGUGUGCUCAGGGUGGCCAAAGUGUAGGCUUGUGUGUACCUGAUAGGAAUUUCUGGGGUGUUUGUGCAGCCUGUUUGGUCCAUAGUAAGAUCAGCAGAGCAGAUACAUUCCUCCGUGGUUUCUCUAUGUCCUUCCUGCUGUCACCUGCUGUAAGGCAGAACAAUACUUUCUCAGGUUUCCUUGUGUAGCAAAUAUGGGAAGGAGAGAUUCACCAAGAAUUAAAUGUCUCUGUGAACAGCUUCUAAGACAGUGGUAACAAUUUUUUCUAAGAGGUGGAUUUCAUCUUCUUAACUUGCAGGGUGUAGUGAAUCCCUGCAUGUUAGAUGUCUUUCACAUUACAUACUUUCUAUUACUUUCUGUAAGGGGCCAUGCAGUAUGGUCACAAGUUUUUGAGUACAGGAGCCUCAAAAGUCCUUUCUUUUCCAUUUCUCAUGAUAGAGGAGAAGCUGUAACUCACCUUAGCUGGUCUUAACCCUCCUGUAGCGUUACAUGUGGAAGGGCAGUCUGCAUACAAAUAGAAAACAUAAAAUGUUAUAUAUAUAUAAAUAUGUACAUUUUAUAUACUAAUAUAGAAUAGUUACUUCAGAAAUUGCUGGACAAUGGCUGCCACUACAGAGAGCGGUGAGGAAAAAUGUUUGUUACUCAACACAGUUCUGCUGAAGCUGAGAGCAGCUCAAUACAUCCUGUUAAUAACUGAUGGGUGUUACAUCAAACAAAGGGAAUGUCAAGAAGCUUGUCAAACCUAGUGGUUUCUUUCCUAGAAUAUCUCUUAAUCAUGCCACAUAAUCUCUCUUCAAGCAAGAAAACCACAUGCAAAUCCCUGUAAAUCUCCUCAAAGGUGCAGCAGAGAGGAGAUGCAGACAUGCACUCUGUGUCUGCGACUGUAAGGGAGCUGCUGGUGGGAAAACAACCUGGCCAGCAGCUUUGGAAAGGCAAGUCUUAAUUGCAAUGCUACAAUGCAUUGUCUCUUACCACCUGAAGAGGGUUGGUUUCCAAGAGCAAGCUGCUGGAUAGUUGAUAAUUGAGUAAAAGAAUAAGAAAAUAGCUGCUUAAAUAUCACUAAGACUGUAUCAGCUGCAACCGGUGCAUUCUGUAGCACUCUCAUGGAAUAGCUUAGUACCAGAUGGGGAAAUGUGCUGAUGGCAUCUCUUUCAAUUGCAUCUGUCUCCUUUCAGUUUGCAGAAGGAAUUUUCCUGCAUAAUUUAGGUAAGCAUCCCAAAUCAUUUAAAGAGGCCUCAUUUUUGUUUUUUCUCUCCCUCUCCUUCCCCUCUUCUUUUAUUUAUUUAUUUUUUUUUAAUAAAAGAUCUUCCAGUGCCAGUAAAGUACUUGAUAUCGCAGCACAUUCUCUUCUCUGGUUCCAAUUUAGGAAGCACGCCUCUGUUAGUAAGUUUUUGCAAUGCUAGGUUGAAAAACAUCUUCAAAUCUUGGAGACCAGUUAAAUACCUGGCACUUCUUUAAGCUACCUGGCUUUCCAGCUCUGCAGCCUGGAGCACUUACCAAUGCAUUUUUUUCAUAAUAUUCGUGUUUUAAUUAUCCCCAGUGCUUAUGGCAGUCUUUGGAAGUCAGAAGCUGUGAGGUUUGUCUUCAGUGCCCCAGGGCCUAUUUCAAGGGUAGGAAUAGUUGUGGUGAGGAUGGCUGGGUUUAUACCCCUAUGCUUGGUGAGCACAGCAAACAUUUAGCAAGAGCAGACCCCUUUGGCUGGGUUUCUUGUGAUUUAGGUUAUAUAGUGUUGCUGUACAUCUCCCAGCCGUUCCCUGAUGAGGUGUUUCAGAGGGAGUCUAUCCAACCUGUACAAACUUUCUAGUUUUAAUUCUGGCAUGGGGUUCAUCCUGGAUAAGGACUGAAAACAGACUCCCCACAACAGACACCUUCCCUAACCCCAAUCUGUUUGUUGACUCUAAGAAAGGUCAGAGGUCUUCAGGUGGCAGCCAACAAAGCCACCCUUGAGGAGCCUUAAUUGUUUUUGCCACAAAGAGCAAGAAGGUUUUUAUUAGCUGUGAUGGCCGCUCAACAGAUGAUUCAUCACACUGGGCUUGGGUCUCCUGCAGCAUGUGAUAAAGGCAUUUUUAAUAGCUGCAAUGAGCAUCUAGUCUGUGUCUCUGGAGAAACCAACAAUCAUGCAUACAACUAAGCUAGUAUGACAAAAAUGAACCAUUCUCAGCUCUUUGCAGCAUAAUCCUCACACUGACGGUUCCUGUGCUCAGUUCCAAGAGGAUACAAAGACUGCAAACCAAUAGAAACAAUUUGUAAAGCCCAAAUCUAUCUUUCAAGUCUGCAUUUCCCAUGAUUUGCUCUAAACCUCCAAAGGGAUUGUGUUGAGGCUCCUUGCGUGGAAAUGGUGUUUUAUUUCUCUGGCAAAACAGAAUAGAUGGAUCACUGCAGUAAGAAACAAUUGCUCUGGGACUUAAAAAUCCCACAGUGCUGGUAUGAGGGGAGACAUAUGGAAGCAAGUGGGAGAUCAGUUAAAAAGGAUAAUAGAAAGUGCUUUUCCUUUUUUAUUUUUGCUCAGCAAGGAAUUUGCUGCCACUGGCAGUAGCAAUACGGAUGUAAUGUCAGCGAGUUCAAAGGAGAUAGACAAGGUAUUACAGUAAGGAGGGGAGGAUAUGUGCUCUACCAUCCCCAAUUAAUGACUGUGAAAGCUGGGAGGGACGAUGAGUGAAUGGACUUCAGAGAGUGGCCAGGCUUGCAUGCUCUCUCUGCAGAUUGUUGCAACUUUGAAGAGCCUUUAGGUGAGAAGACCAUGAUCUUGGUUUAACUUAUGGAAGUUGUCUAUGCAGCAGAUUUCCCCCAGUCUUCUUCAUUCUUUUGUGCUCAGAACUGUUGCUGAAAAUGAGGUUUGCACUGUCAUGCAAGGAAGUUUACUUUGCAUGCUUGGUUGAUGGUGGCAUAUACUUCUUCAAACAAUGAACAUGUGUUCCUGGUCACUCACCUUCCUAUAGCAAAAUUAUUUAUUUCCACACUUUCACAUACAUAGUCUGUGCUGAAGUCCUGUAUAAUACCAACUCAAGCAGGACUGGCGGUCUGCCUGAGAGUUGAAGGGCUCUGUAGGGGGUCUGGAUUGCUAGGUUGAUAGGCUGAGUCCAACUGUGUGAUAUGCAACAAGAUGAAAUAUGGGUGCUACACCAGGGUCACAAAAUCUUCAUACAGUGAUACAGGUGUGGGGAAGAGUGGCUGAAAAGCUGCCUAGCAGAAAGGGACUUGUGGGGGACUGUCCUGUCAUACAUGGCACUAGCUCCUCAAAUACUGUGUUCAGUUCUGAAGAGUAUAAAAGAAGGGUAUUGAGUUCCUCAAGCGUGUGCAGAGAAGAGCAAUGAAGGUGAUGAAGGGACUAGAAAAAGAGUGUUAUGAGGAGCAGCUCAGGGGCUGAAGCUACUCAGUCUGGAGAAGUGGAGGCUGAGGGGAGACCUCAUCACUCUCUACAGCUGUCUCAAAGUACAGUGAAGCAAGGAGGAUGUUGGUCUCUUCUCUUGGAUGAAUGGUGGUAGUAUGUGAGGAAAUGGCCUCAGGUUGUACAGGGGGAGGUUUAGAUUGGUGUGAGGAAGAAUUUCUUUGUGUAGAUGAUGGUCAAUCAUUGGAAUGGGCUGCCUGGGGAAGUAGCUGAGUCACAAUCCCUGUAGGUAUUUAAGAAAUGUGUGGAUAUGGCAUUAAGAGAUGUGGUUUAGUGAUGGGACUUGGCAGGUCAGGUUGAUGGUUGAACUUGGUGAUCUUGAAGGUAGUUUCCAACCAAGAUGAUUUUAUCAUUCUAUUAUAUUGAACAUCCUCCCGUUGUAAUGGAAACACAGCUAUGGAUAUGGUUGAUAUACAAGCCUACAGUAGGCUGCAAUGUUGGGCAGCAAUUUUACAUCCUUCUACAAUUGCUCCUAAACUGUAGAAAAAGUUGAUGACUUCCAACUCAAACAAACUGUCCUAGUGGCAGAGCACUGGGCAUUUACUGCACCUUGCCUUGGGACUCUGCUGUCCUUGGAGAAUUUAGUUCUUUCAAUGGUUACUUCUACAUAGACACUUCACUCCAGGGGCACAGCAAAUGUGCUUCUGUCUGGACAGGGACAUGGGGCCUGAAUCAGUGAUGGCUGCCUUGAACUGUGAUGGCUGGUCCAAAGAUGUGGAGAAAUUUGGUCCAAAUGAUAUUGGGAACCAUGCUAAUUCUAGGCUGAAGUAAACACUUAAACUGUAUAUAUUGUACCCGUGGGGAUCUCACUUUGGAUCUGCUCUUUUUGUGUGGAAUGGCUUAUUGAUGUAAACAGAGCCUCUUUCUCAAUUAAUGGCCUUUGUUUCCAUGCUGUAUUCCUUUAAGAUCAAUAAAGUAUAUUAGCAUUAAUAA